AUGGACCUCAUCGACGCCAGCAACGCCCCUGUACCCAUCACCGUGGACCCCAUCACUGGCAACACCAUAUCCGCCAACGGAGCCGAAAACACGAUGGAGGACACUCAGAUGGCCGACCCCGAAGACCACACCAACGCAGCGGACGAUGAAGCCGAGGACUACGACAUCGACAACAGCCCCACAUUCAUCGACUUCACCACCCUCCCCGCAGAUACCAAGGCCACAAUCACUCGUCUUUUGGCGUCCGCAGGUGCCAAUUGGCUAGUCAGGUCCAUGGCCACCCCCUUCCCACUUCAGUACCUGCCGGACCCAGACUGCCACAACUGGGGUCUAGCACUCAUCUCCGCGCUCAAUCGUCUUGCGGAUAUGACACGUUCCGGUCAUAGGGACGAGGCGAUCGCGUUCAUCAUCAAGCACAUGAAAGAGCGGAAUGAGGUUCCUGGUAACACUGAGGAUGAGAGUAAGAUGUCUUCGAACUUCGAAGGGAACUGGUGCUAA